UUUCUGCUCCGGCUUCCUGCUGCUCCCCGCAGACAAAUCCCAGCUCCCAACAGAGCCUGCCGGCCGGAGCCCAGAGCAACAUACAGGCAUCGUUUCCUCCAGUGCUUUAGUGUGAGAUACAGCAGGGAUUUCCCAGUACGAAAGCCCUGAUGGGUGUGUGCCCUUCCGUGCGGUCCCAGCGGCAUGUUGCACGUGGCCUGCAGAGAGCAUUUGGAAAGCUGCUGAGAGCCAGGCUCCAGGUCGCCCUGGCUGCUCUGCAGCCUUGGCGAUCACAGCCUGGGUCUCCCAUCCCGUUACCUGGCCCCUCCCAGUCACUAGGGGAAAAGGAGAUCUCAACAUGCAAUGGGGACGAGUCUCAUCUGUUCUUGAUUCUAGAUGACGCUGAUGCUCCUUAUCCAGAGGAUUGGGUGGACACUGCUUUUGUGCCUCAGGGGAACCCCAGAGGUCUUCUCGGUGAAGUACCGAAGCGGAGUCCUGUUUCUGAGCCUGGGCUGGAUGCCAGAGGUCCUGAGAUAUGGAAAGAGACAUCAAGAACUGGAAAAUAUCCACAGAGGCUCUCCCAUGUCCUGAAGAAAAUCAUGAAGGAGAAGGCAGCACAGGAGGCAGAUGGAGAGCCUGAGCACAGGGAUGCAUUUCAGGCAGGCAGUCAUCGCACAGCGCACGUCCCUCCAGGAGCAACAGAGGCCAAGCACACGACUGGCGCUCCAGGUAAAGCCCCUCCUGGAGCUCCGUGGCCGUGGUCAGAGGUUGCUCCCCUCCCAUCACCCACAGUUCCCAGGGAUUUAGGAACUUUGGCCAGGGGAACCACAUUCAGCAGAUGAGGAGAGGAAAUAGGACCCUCCGACGUACCUCCCUCCCACAGUCCCUGCAUUCCAGAGCUUGCUGUGCCUCCCUUGAGGCGCCUGGCACACCAGCAGCCCGCAGCGGGAUCCCUCCUGCAAACUGAGCUCCAGAGGGACACACUGACUCCCUAGAGGGAGCCUCCCUGUCCUGCCUCCUCUUUGCCUGCACCAUGCUGAGACUUUGCCUUUCUCUCAUUCUUCACAGUGCUGUUAAAGCCCCAGGAAGCCCUGUACAACUGGAUCCGUGGUUUUUUUCUGAAGAAUCCAGGUGAGCAACAAUCAGGCAGGAGUUCAUAAAGGGGAGAAAACUCAGAGCCUGCAAGUUGUGCCCACGCUGGGGGAAAGGCAAAAAGGGAGAGGCAAGUUCAGGUGCCUGUAGAGAUGGCCUGACUCUGCCUCCGAGUGGGUUCCCAGUGGGAGGGGGGAGCUCAGGGCUUGUUCUUGUCCAUGUCACUCAUAGCACAAUUGGUUAAAGAGAUCCACACGCUCUCCUUCUGCUCUAAGGAGUUUUUUUUAGUCAGACUACGUGCCCCAAGCGGUCACGGUGUGCCUGCAGCAGCACUGCCCAGCCUCACGAGGCGAGGGUGGGCGAGUGCAAAAGAAAUCUUAGAGCAUGAUGGAGAAGAAGGAGCAAAUCCAUGGCCCAGGAGCAUUUGGAUGGUGGCAGAGCCAGAGUGUAAACAAAGCUGAGAGGCAGAACAGAGGCUCCAGAGUGCGUUGAUGUGCAGCGCCUUUGGGAACUCCCUUA